UGCAAGAAUACUGGAGUAGGUUGCCAUUUCCUUCUCUGAUUGUAUCCAGAGUUUAUGAUUAUUACCAACAGGCGGGUCGGUCUCUCCACCAGUAUCACAAGUCAAAAGUCAAGAGGCAAAACAUUUAAAGACAAUUUCAAUGCAAAAUGUCCAUCAGAGCUGCCGCAGCCCUCACCUGCUUGUGGGAACAGACAGAGUCAGCCCCGUUGUGCUGACACAGGAACUCAGACGCCAGCAGCCUCGUCAAGCUGUGGUUUGGAGUCCUUAGGAGCUUUUGCACAGUUCCACCAGCCACAGGCCCCUCUUUCGGGGAGCUGCCAUGUUAUCCCCCCGCCCCCACCCACUGAAGCUGCCGUCUGGUGUGGUCACUCCUCUGUUUCUCAGAACAGGGAUGGACCUGGACUCCUCUGGUCCUCCCCUUCCCCAUGCACUCCCAGCCCAGCAUCCCAGAGAUGCUAGUCAUAAACCUCCUGGUGGGCCCACGUGUAAAUCAGCUCAUGCAGUUUGAGGUCUGCAGCCAAGGCUUGGCAGCCAGCCAUUCGUGUAAGUCCAGCCCCAUGGGCCCAUGCACACUUCACCCUCCAGGUGGAUGAGUGAUUUUGGAGUAGUAGCCUACACAAGAUGGGGCUGUCCAGAGAGCCAGAGGACAGCCUCAGACCAGGGAGAGUGUGCAGUAAGUAACUCAGGAGGUACCUAGAUGUUGCUUCUGAGUUCAUAACUGGAGAGAGCAGAGAGGGCUCCCUGGAAGAGGUGUUAGAGCAGUUGGGCCUCUUCCAGGGCACACUGGGGCCUGGGGAAGGGGCAGCACAGGUGGUAAGAAGCUCUCUAGGCAGAUGGGCCUUUGACUGGCCUUGGAGGAGGCUGGGAAAGGACAGCGCCCGCAGGAGGGGUGCCUGCUUGACGCCCGGAGUGCAGGGGCUGGAGCCGCGUGGGUGGCCAUCCUGAGGGUCUCUGCCCACAGCGUGCUCUCGGCUUCCCUCUCACGGUCCCAGACAUUUGGCGCCGCAGACUGGGAGGUUUUCCACAUUGGGGAGAGGGUCUUCCUCGCCGUGGCGAACAGUCACCGCUACGACGUCGAGAUGCGAGUGCAGAACGACUCCUACGUCAUCAACUCGGUCAUAUACGAGCUGAACGUCACCGCGCAGACGUUCGUCCGCUUCCAGGAGAUCCGCACCUGCAGUGCUCUGGACUGGGAGUUCUUCUCGGUGGGAGAAGACUAUUUCCUGGUGGUUGCAAACUCCUUUGAUGGAAAUACCUUCUCGGUAAACAGUAUUAUUUACAGGUGGCAGGGGUACGAAGGCUUCGUGGCCGUGCACAGCCUCCCAACCUUCGGCUGCAGGGACUGGGAGGCCUUCCGCACGGCAGCCGGCUCCUACCUGGUCUACUCCAGCGCCAAGGAACCGCUGUCCCGGGUGCUGAAGCUGAGGACGGGGUGAUGGGCUCAGAGCCCCAGGAGCUAGACCUGCGUGGCCACACCCCAGAACCCCACCAGGAACCCCAAAAACCUCUGGGGAGUGGGAUAAGUGGGAGAAGUUGUGGCUUCCAGAGCCACCAACUCGCUUUCUCUGGCCCUUGUCCAGCCACGACAUUGUCACCUAGACAACCAUGGUGACCAGACAGGUGGCUCUGUGAGCAUCCAAGCUGAAGACCAGAGCUGCUCCUGCAAGUCUGCUGUCCUGCAGGGAUUUUGCUUUAAAGGAAAAGUUCAUACAAAGUUUUACCUCAAAAACAGCAGGGCCUGGUCACCUUCCCACCGUGUCUACCACAUAACCAGACACUCAGCUCUGGCUGGGGAGCCCUGAUGCAGGGACCGGCUUCGUGCUGCCUCACAUGUUUGUACCAGCUAUUUAUUGUGUUCUGUCUAUGCUGAAAUAUAUUUAUGAUGCUUCUUACAAAAAGUA